AUGCUCUUUUACUCGAUUCCGUGUGGGUUUGGCCUUCUCGUGAUCUAUCUGUUUGAGAUCACGCCGUUUACUGGAAAAGACUGUACUUCCUGCGCGUCGCAGCCGUUUGCGGCCGUCGCGGUCGUGUUCGUCGUGUUUGGGUUUGCGCUCUGCUCGUUCUGCUACUGCCUCACGUACUUGUUUCUGGACGGCGCGUCGUCGCAGACGUACGUGAUCAUGGUCAACAUGUUCUUGGGGGUCGUGUUGAUGACGAUUUCGCAAGUGCUGGACGUGAUCGAGACCACGACCGAGAUCAACAAGUCGCUCAAGUUCAUCUGGCGCCUGUCCCCGCUGUUCAACCUAGGCAACGCCCUCAACAACUUGAGCUUUCAGAGCCUCCUCAACGGCCUCUUCUCGUCCACCAGCUCCAAGAGUUCGUUCGACAUGGACGUAACGGGGUGGGAAAUCGCGUACUUGGCAGUCGAAGCCGUCGUUUUUCCCGCGAUUGCGAUCGGGAUCGACUAUGCGCUGAGUUUUCCCAAAAUCAAGGCCCUGAUUGCAAAGGAUCCCUUCGUCAUGGAUGGCCCUGCAACUGUCGACGACGAUGUGAAAGCUGAGGAAAAUCGCGUCGCGUCUGGUGCCGCCAACGAUCACGCCGUCGUGAUCAAGAACUUACGAAAGGUGUACAAAGGCGGGAAAGUGGGGCUCAAGGACUUGUCGGUCGCGUUGCCAAAAGGCGAAUGUUUUGGCUACCUUGGCAUCAACGGCGCCGGCAAAACCUCCACGAUGAAGAUCCUCACGGGCGACAGCCUCGCGACCUCGGGGUCCGCCAUGCUCGGCGGGUUUGACAUCUUGUCCCAACAGUUGGAAGUGCGCCGAUUGAUCGGGUACUGCCCCCAGUUUGACGCGUUGAUCGACUUGCUGACGGUCCGCGAACAUUUGGAAUUGUUUGCGGCCAUCAAGGGUGUCCCCAAGCAGUUUGUGAACGACACAGUGAUGAAAAAGAUGGACCAAAUGAACUUGAACGACUUUGAGCACAAGCUGGCCGGGACGUUGAGCGGCGGGAACAAGCGCAAGCUGUCAGUCGCGAUUGCCAUGAUCGGGUCGCCUCCGAUCAUCUUCCUGGACGAGCCGUCGACGGGGAUGGACCCGGUGUCCCGUCGGUUCAUGUGGGACGUCAUCGCGGACAUUUCGACCCGUAGCAAAGAAUCCACGAUUCUCCUCACGACGCACAGCAUGGAAGAGUGCGAAGCGCUGUGCAGUCGCGUCGGAAUCAUGGUAGGUGGCGCGUUGAGCUGCCUCGGGAGCAUCCAACAUUUGAAGAACCGGUUUGGCGACGGGCUCAUGAUGCAUGUUCGCGUGGCGCCCGUGCUGUCGGCCGACGUCGACCGCAUGAUGAGCGAGUCGUCGUCGUUUGCUGGCAUGUCCACACUAACCAAGGAACGCCUUGCUGAAACGUGCGCGGGGCUGGGCAAGCCGCAUCGCGCGGAACAAAUCCACAUGGAUCAUGCGACGGGGUAUGUGCUGGCCGAGUCAUUGGCGCGCAACGAUUCGAUUCGCGUGCACGACUUUUGCGCGUGGUGGUUGAGUGAAGACCGCUUCGACGCCAUGGCGGCGUACCUGGGCCAGAGCUUUGGCGAGCCGAACGUGUUGCUGCUGGAGCGCCAGAACGACGUGUCGCGGUUCAAGUUGGUGGGCGCCAAGCACUCGCUGGCGCUGUCGAAUGUGUUUUCGCUCAUCGAACGGGCCAAACGAGACCUGAAUAUCAAGGAGUACACCGUGUCCCAGACUACGCUCGAGCAAAUCUUCAACAACUUUGCGGCCCAGCAAACGCAAGAAAAGGGCGUCGCGCGCGGCGUCGAGAAGCUCGCGGGCAUCGACGACAACUACCACGCCAUGCAUACUUAG